GAUUGAAGCAACAGCGCGGCGCCCGCUAACGGGGUGGUGUGCUGAUCCCCAUCGUGACUGCCUGACAGUGCUAAGAAUAAUUGAAAACAUAAAGACCCUGCCUAGUCUUCCCUACAGCUCUCGUCUCACCCGCUAGCCUACUGACUUAUGUACACUUUUGCUUCAUUGCCAAAUCCCGGCCAUUUUUACUGCCCGCCAGCCUUUUCUUUAUCGUGUUCCUUGUUCAUCUUUUUUGUAAUUCUCAUCUCCAACUUGGUCAAACACCUCACUGCUCGGCCAUCUGAGAGCCCUGGUCCGGGACUCUGCACCGUUUCUGCUUCGUCCUUGACGUCGUCAUUAUCGCCAACGCUGCCAGGAGGAGAAACCAGUGCCAGCCGAUUGAUACAGCUCCACGAAAAUGCAUGGCCUCGUGGCUGCCGUGGGCCUCGAGCUCACCAAAAGAGCCGCGGGAGCGGACGGCGAUGUGGCGGCCAAUGUGUCGGGCUUCUGGGUCUUCCUGAUCGCCCUUCUCAAUGUCGCCGUCUUCCUGCCGCUGUCGGUCUUUGUUUUAUAUACGUUCGGUGGUGUCCUUCCCACGCUGGCCAUGAUCGAGGACCCCCACGCGAGCUCACGAUACGUCGAACUCUCCCCCUCGCUCGACGACGACGAAGAUGACGAAGACGCCGAGUUCGAGAACGCCCAUCAGCCGCGCCGCAACAAGCCGCGCACCAACCCGCAGGCCCCGGUCGCCGUGGAGGGCGUCGUCUUCACGUCGAGCGUACGCGCCACCCUGCGCCAGCUGUACCGCCUCGGCGGCUGGCGCGCCCUAUUCCGCGGCCUGUUCUGCGCGUGGGUCGUGUCGGUGUCGACCGCCACAGUCGGCGCCAUCGUCAGCACCGUGCCGUUCGUGCCAUUCCUCGUCGGCACCCUCGUCGCCAACCUGGCGCUCGUGCAGCUGCACACGGCCUGGGUCCACAUCGUCAUCUCGACCAAGCCCGUCUCGCUCGCCUUCUGGCGCCGCAUGCCCGCCUUCCGCCGCACAUUUGACGCCACAAAGUACGUCGUGCUCGUGCAGUGGUUCGCCACCACCCUCACCCAGUACCUGCCUUUCGGCGUCGCCUGGCUCGUAGGCGUCCCGCAGGCCGCCCUGAACCUCUACAACCCCAACCCAGCCGACGACGACUCGGCCCCGGCCGGUGGCCAGCAGCCUAUCGCGGCCUGGAAGCACGUCACCAUCCUGGCCGCCGUCAUACUCUGCCUCCUAUUCAUCCACAUCCCCGCCGCCGUUGCGCUGGUCCGCGUCCAGGCCAGCAUCCUGCCCCCCGAGGAGGACACGGUCGUGCCCUUCGACCGCUCGUUCGGCGGCACCGUCGAGCCCGCCGUUAUCAACGGCAGCGCCUCCGUCUCCAUACCCAACGCCCUGCGCACCUUCUCGCGCGACAGCUGGGUCCGCCUCUACAAGCUGAUGGCCAAGGUCAUCGCCCUCACCUUUGUGCUCUUCCUCUUGAUCGCCGCCGUCAUUGUCCCCCAGACGGUGCUCAUCUCGCGCAGUGGUUGAAGAGGCGAAAGCAUACAUCCAUACAUUGAAAUUGGGGCUUGUUUCUACGCCGAACGCACGCCACGUGGUUCUAUGCAUGCUGACUGAUAUUUACUGAUGGUGCUGUCGGGUACCGGUUUCGUAUACCUUGGGUUGCUAAGAGCUGCAGUAUCUCUUCGUUGUUUGUCUCUUCUAUUUGCGAGUAACUGGGCGGUGUUUGUGGUCAUGACAUUCUCCUAAACGGGGAUAUAUAAGACGGAAGAAACGGGUGCGAAUGGUCAUCCGUUGAUAUUCACCAGCCGCGUCUGAGCAUUGCCAAAGAAUAUACACGCUUCAAGGGUCAUGAAUGCUAAAUUUCCAUCGAACUCUAGUGCUCUCCAGAAGUCGCUGAAUCUCGUGACCUGAAGAUCCCAUUGAUGGUUAAACUUGAUAUAUCCAAGAAAACAAGUCUCUCCGUCUAGCUGGCAUAAACACCGCAUGCGUCUAAUAUGCAACUAAAAUACAGUGAG